CACCUAUAAGCAGUCAUGUAGCCCUCUCUUUCCCGCACCAAAAUUCCCAUUUCUCUGAGUCUCUCUGCAAAAACCCACCAUCCUGUGCAAUGAUAAUCCCACCGGAUUCCAACUUUCCUUCCGGUUCACAAUCCUCAAUCUUUAUUCCUCCACAAUAUUCCAACAAUUUUACCUAUCAAAUUCCCUAUGAAUCCAACCCCACUAACCCAAUUUGGUCUUUUCCUCAACCGGUGGUUCCCUCGGCAGUAGCCGCCGCGGAUCCCGCCUGUCACCCACCCGGCACCGACCCGUAUGACUAUUCGGGCUUGUACCCGUGGACCCGUGUCGGAUUCCAAGGUCAGACGCCUUUUGGUGAAGACCCAAAUAUCCGUCCGCAGAACUGGGUUGCCAAGCAAGCUGAACCUGUUCGAUAUGAAGCUUCUUUCAAAUCCUUGAAUGAGUGUAUGUCUGUGCACGCAAUGGCCUCGAAUUCUUUGUGGAAUAGCAGUUGGACAAAUCAACCUUUGGAAAAUACUGCUACCAUGAACACUCCACAACCAACUGUGGUUGUCCAGUCCCUGCGGUGUGAUGUCUGUGAUAUCUAUUGUACUAGCAAACCAAUUUAUGAGACACACAUAGCGGGAAAGAAACACCAGAAGAAAGUCGCAAUGCAACAUAAUCCCGGUGUGACUGCUGGUUCAGAAUUGGAAACAAAGAGGCGUAAGAUUUUGAGGGGCGGUUCAACAGUUGAUUCUGUGAGGGUUUGCACCAUAUGCAACAUUACUUGCAAUAGCGAAGAAGUUUAUAAUAAGCAUCUAUAUGGAAAAAGGCACAAGGCUCAGGCUAGCUUAAUGGCUCUAGAUGGCGGGCCAUAUAUUGCUGCAGUUGGAUCUCAGUUCAAUGGAGUAUGGAAGAAAGACCCAAAUAAAGUCAAGCUUGUUCAAUCUGCAUGGUGUGAAGUUUGCAAAAUCAAUUGUAACAGCAACGAUGCCUACGUUGCGCACCUAAUUGGAAAGAAACAUAAGAAGAACUUGGAGCAACUGGGAAAGUCCAAGAAUGAUGGGAGUGCAGCUGCAACAAAUGCGAUAAUUGGGCCAACGAAAAACCCAGGAGCAGAGUCAUUAAAGGCUUCCCAGCUACAGGUUCCAAAAGAAGACUUGGAGACAAAGAAGAAAAAGGUCAUAUAUGGAGGAGCAACAGCUAGUGCGGUCAGAACGUGUACUGUGUGCAAUGUGGUGUGCAAUAGCCAGACAGUUUUUAGUUCUCAUCUUGCCGGUCAGAAGCACGUUGCUAUGGUUAAGAAGCAAGCAGAAGCUGAAGUAGCAACUACAGGCCUAUUACUGCGUCCUAAAACUCAGAAUUCUGCUUUGAAAUAAGUUUCGGAUUUCUAAUUGCUACUUCGGCUUCUACUUGUUUCUUAACCAUAGCAGCAUGCUUCUUACUGGCAAGAUGAGAACUAAAAAUUGUCUGGCUAUUGCACACGAUACAUGUUCUGACCGCACUAGCUGUUGCUCCUCCACAUAUGACCUUUUUUUCUUUGUCUCCGAGUCUUCUUUUGGCACCUGCGGUUGGGAAGGUGGUUAAUAGGCAAUUAUAUAUUUUUCUUACACAUUUUUCUUCUUUGACACAACUAUAUUAUUUCUAUCCUUUAAUUUUCCCUUAAUUUACUCAAUAUAAAAAUUAGAAAUAAA